AUGUUGCACAAGAUUGAGUCAUGGGUAGUGACUGGAACUCUGAUUGCCAGUCAGCCUAUUGUCCCUAUUGUCAGAGAUCACGAUGUCCAAAAGAAGAUGGUCCAGCAUCACAAUAUCAUGAGAUAUAUCAUUGGCAUUGCUUCCGCAGACAAUGAUCAACUUCAUCCCUCGGCCAGUAGCCAGUUUAUCAUCGGACCGAGAUCGGAGUGGACUCCUUAUUCCUGCACGCUAGUAUGUAAAGAUUGGUUUUACUGGGUGCAACCGGCAUGCCUUAGUGAAAUCUCUUUCAACCAUGGUGAUCAUGGUGAUCUCAGUGGUCACAUCCUUCCUGUUGUUUUUGCGGAUGGUUUUACUGCUAGCUGUCUUCCUGAUUGGGCGGCCUAUAUCACUUGUUUGACCAUACAUCUCUCCACUCUAUCGUCAUCAUCGUGUGGUAAAGAUGUUCAGACAGAGACUCUCAAAUUUAUCAAUGCCAUGUUAAACCUCAAAACCGUGAUCUUCACCGGCUCUCCUACGAACAAUUUUCCUCUGUUUCUUACCAACCUAUUACUGCAGUGCAAAAUACAGGAUUUUCGAUGGCGCAAGGACCUAGACAGCCUUCAGAUGCCUGGGGAUGGUCAAUGUGAAGCCGACAUGCUGUAUCCUCUAGCCACCGGAUUAUUGGCGUAUGGUCUACUUGAAGUGACCACACUCGAACUUUCAGGACUGAUCAAUAUUUUCACUCCUGAUAUACGCGUUAAUGCCGGUCCAUAUACUAUGGGACCCGGUAUCAUGAAACCCACCGAUGUCAGAUUAUAUUUGGUGCCAGGCACCAUGAGGUUGUUUCGUUUGGGAUUAUCCAAGGAUUUCCUUCUCGAUUUAUCCCACGUAUGGCAUCUGGACAUCACCAUAUGUUCUGCAGAUGCGGUUUUUGUCUUUGAUGCAAUCCAGGCUAUGCCGACUAUCGAGAUUCUAUGUCUGGACCUCACAGCCCUUACCAACUGUCACCUGAAAAUCUGUAAACUUCCCUGUCUGCGAAAGCUUCACUUAUGUGUAUGGGCGAAACAACUGCCUGCUGUCUCAGUGACAUUUCGAGAGCUACCUAACCGAGGUGCAGGUGUCGAAGUCACUUUGGUCUUCUUUCACUGGAAGACAAAUUUUGGGUCCCCAGAUUUUCAGCAGGCAUUACGCAGCCUUGACACUACCACUUCUGAUGUCAUUUUCCCCCUCAAGCUGUAUAUUCACUUUGGCGGUGUGACGCAUAUUCAAGGUUCCUUGGUUUUUUUUGAUGACGUUGCAGAAUAUUUGAGCACGGGCUUGAUGACAUGGAAGGAUAGUGGCAGAUUAGAACUCCUGUGGGAUAUAGAAGAAGUUCGUAUGUGGGAGAGCAUGGUGAGGAGUAUGCCUGCACCAACCUGGUGGUUAAAUUACAUUCCAUUGCAUACGUAUAUCAUACACUAA